UUCACAUUUAUAUAUGUAACGAAUGUGAUCUAACUUGUGGGUUGUUGAGUUAGCUGCAGCCUGUGCUCUUCUGACAGUGUCCCCUGCUGUUGCCAACCGACUCUACAUCUGACAUUGAUUACGGAGCUGAAGUGGGUCCAACCCACCAAAGUUGCAGAAUGUCCAGCUGUUUCGCACUCGCCUCCUUUGCAGAUGGAUGGGUCCUCGGUAUCCUCAUCUGAUCAAGUAACUUGACAGAGCUUGGCUCCGGCAGCCUCUCGGAAACACAGCUCAUGCUGGUGCUACUAAACUAAACAGUGCCAUUGAAACCCACUUUCUCAGCGGCGUUGCUCUCAAAGCCACAGGAACAGUGAGCCCUCCACAGGCUCCUGCGUGAAAGUGGAUUUCAAAGUGAGGGAAACCUGACAAUUUGAGCUUUAGUAAAGAUGAAGUUUGUUCCUCGCUCCAGGGAUGAAGAUUAUCUGACUAAAGUAUUUAUGUGCAUAGCUGUAACGUUGGUGUUUGUACCUGGACAGCAAGAUGCAGAUGCAUUCCCUGCCUGGCGACAUCAGUUACAUCAAGACGCCUUCCCCAGUUACCUGCAGCUGGACGUGGAGCGGCUGGACUCGCACCCACACCGGGCACGGAGCAAGAGAUACACGUUAACCACGCAGAUGCUCAAGUGGCAUCACUUUAACUUAACCUACAAGAUCUUGUCCUUUCCAAAGACCCUGAGUGAAGAAGACACAGCGAGAGGGAUCGCGAAGGCUUUCCAAAUGUGGAGUGAAGUCACUCCGUUCAAUUUUACUAAGGUUCCUCCAGAGGCCGAGGCUAAUAUUAAGAUAGGGUUUUAUUCCAUAAAUCACACCGACUGCCUGAAAACUCCUUCACAUCCCUGUUUCGAUGGAAUAACGGGAGAAUUGGCGCAUGCUUUCUUCCCGACUAACGGAGAGAUCCAUUUUGAUGACUAUGAGCACUGGAUAGUGGGUAAAACGCGGUUCAGCUGGGCGAAAGUGGUGUGGCUGACGGACCUGGUGCACGUGACUGCCCACGAGAUCGGACACAGCCUCGGCCUCAUGCACUCGCGGAACUCCAAGGCGAUUAUGAACAGGAACGCAACUCUAACGGGAAAAGACAAAAUCACUGCGGACGACAUCUGGGGCAUUUGGAGGCUUUACGGUUGCCUGGACAGACACGAGGAAUGUCCCUCCUGGGCACAGAAGGGCUUCUGUAUGACUCGACAAACCUUUAUGAAGAAGUAUUGCCCCUACUUCUGUAACUUCUGCAGAGACCCUCCAUUUCCGACCAUCGCUCCGACAAACAUCCCUCCCAGGACUAAGGUUAAACGAGUUCCCAAGGGAAGAAAAGUUACAAUUCGUUGUGGACAGAAGAUAGCCCAUAAGAAAGGAACCUUGCAGUGGUACAAAGACGGCGAACUCUUGGAGUAUUCAUACCCUGGAUACCUGUACAUGAAGGGCAAUAAGCUCAGCAUCAUCGCCAAUGCGAUUAAUGAAGGAGUCUACACAUGUGUGGUGAAGAAAGGCAGCAAAAUCCUCACUAAAUAUUCCUGGCGGCUGAAGGUUAAAAGAUAAGAACCAUUUCAUGCAGGUUUGGGACAACCCUCUUAAACCGAGGAGACUUUGCGACAGAGUCAAAUGUUUGACUGUAUUUUUACAAUAUUACCGAACAAGCAUUGUUCCCAUAAAUAAUCAAGACCUGUGUGCCUGCACUGUGGACAUCUCUGCUUCGGCUACAAAUCACUUUGUAUAUAAUGCAGUCAUUGUUAAAGGUGCUUUAAACUGCAGAUGACCAAAAUGUUCAGCUGGUCUAUUUUUGUCUCUAAAUGUACUGUUACGCAUUGACAGCCUGUGUUGCUGUGGGGUUGACAAAGGCGAGUGGAGCAGAGACUGCAUUGUUGGCCAAAAUGUGUAACAGAUCUCUGGAGUUGACUGAGUGAGUGCUGGAAGAAGCUUGGAAUGGUCCAAAUCACUGGUUGCGCAGAGUCCUUGAAAUAAAUAGAACUUGAUCUCAUGUUUAGGUUUGCAGAUAGAAAUCAACUUCAACUUGUGCCACCUUUUAUUGUGUGAUCAAUAGUUAAACUGCCUGUGGCUGACACGCAGUCACCUGCAUAGGCAGUAUGUUCCUGAGCCAGCUCCAGGUAGCUGAACCAGACACCAAGUUGCUGAUGUACAGAGUGCAACUUUCACUCCAGUUCGCACCAUGGGCAAGUUUCAGAGCCCGCAGAGAAGGAAUUGCUGCAUCGUGCAAGUUGGCGCCUUUACAUAAAACCCACGAGAUUGAAAUGUGUAGGAAGAAACUGCAGAUGCUGGUUUACACCAAAGAUAGACACAAAAUGCUGGAGUAACUCAGCGAGACGGGCAGUAUCUCUGGAGAGGAAUG